AUGGUAGAGGAUGACGAUUUAACGCCAAAUCUUAUGUCAAACCAAAUGUGGAGCAGCAAUGGCGAGUUUGUGCCUCCUGACGGAAUAUGCUGGGUGUCUGUUCUGUCCUGUUUACUGCUUGCCUGCUCUUACGUUGGGAGCUUAUAUGUAUGGAGAAGUGACUUACCCAGGUAAGCCUCGUAUUUAUUCAAUUUCUUUACUUCCUUGAUUCGUAGAAAAUGCUGUAGUUAGCUAGCCUGUCGGCGCAUGCUAGGUGGUUGCUAGCUAAAUUAGGGAACUAACGUUAAAUAGCUAACAUGGCUUUCGUGCAGCAGUCAGGGGGCAAUUCCGGGAACAGAAUGACGCUGAUUUGUCACCUUAAAAUUUAUGCCAAACAAAAAUAAUUCCAAAGUUAAAGAAACCAUACAACUCUAUGCACAAGGACUACUUUUAACAACUUCCCCUGAACAUUUUACAAGAACAUUUACUUAAGAACAGUGCAGAUGUAAAGUUUCAUAACAGAAAAUGAAAGCAAAAAUCUCCCUCAGUUUAUGUGACCAAGGUUCCCAAAAAUAUCUACUCUGAAUUAAGAUUCAAAGAUGUAUCCAGAAAGAAUGGGGUGUCAGCUAUGAAAUGACAACUUGAGUUUUAAAAACUAUUUUGGUUAUAUACUACAUUAAGUGAAGUGGAUUAACACCUGAUAACAGACAUGGGUCCCUGAACAGAAAUGCAUAAUUAUGGGUAUGUGAUGUAUAUCCCCCCCCCCCCCCCCCCCCCCCCACCCCAAACAAGAGCAAAUUUGGUUGGUACUGACCAAAUCUCAACCAGUCAUAGAUUUUCCAAUUUUCACUAGUUUGGACAUCAAAUCACAGUAGAGUACAGUACAGAACAGGUACACCAGAGUAGAGUUCAGUACAGAACAGUAUAGUUAAGUACAGUACAAUACAGUAAUUAUACUGUACUCUAGGGUGCUCUACUGUAUAGAACUGUACUGACCUAUAAUAUACUUUACUGUAAUGUACUAAACUCUACUGUACAAUACUGACCUAUAUGCUACUAUACUCCCGAGUGGCACAGCGGUCUAAGGCACAGCAUCUCAGUGCUAGAGGCGUCACUACAGACCCUGGUUCGAUUCCAGGCUGUAUCACAAUCCGGCCGUGAUUGGGAGUCCCAUAGGGCGGUGCACAAUUGGCCCAGCAUCGUCUGGGUUUGGCUGGGGUAGGCCGUCAUUGUAAAUAAGAAUUUGUUCUUAACUGACUUGCCUAGUUAAAUAAAGAUUAAAUAAAAAGAGUAAUACAAAAAUACUCUACUUUUAUUUUCUUUGCUGUACUGUAAUGUGCUAUCCAAACUUGUGAAACAUAGACAUCUAUGAUUGGUUCAGAUUUGGACUGAUCAAUGUAAGGUGUCAGUCGAUUCUUAGUGGUUGAGGAUGCUUAUUACAGUAAAUGGAAAGAGAGGGGGCUCAUGGGUAGGUGUCAGUAAGAGGUGAUAUUAACUGUAGAGAGAGACAGGGACAGAGACAGGACGGGGUUGUCCAGACUGUUUUCAGAAUUAUGAGCUGAACAUAACAGUAUGCCAGUGGAAGGGAGGACAGUAGCAGGUGACCCAACUGUGGUUUUUGACUACUAUCAUUUCCCAUUUUAGCCAAUUCAAUUGCAAUCAUUCUGUUAUGGAUUUUGUAACAGAAUGCCACAUUUUAAUCACUUAAUAAGUCAUAAACAAAAUUGAUAGUCAGUAAAAUACUAGUUGGUAGGUCUACCUUAACGUGUUACUUCUGUGAACUUUCAUUAUCCUCCCUCCUCAUGAGGGAGAGAAAUUAGAAAAUAUCUUAAAGAUGUGUUUUUUUUAAUAACAGUGACAAUACACAAGGCAAUAUUUCUUAAACGUAAAGAAGGCAAAUAAUUUCAGCAAAAUUAAAUAUCAAUGUUGAUAUUAGUUGGCAGGGGUCUUAACUUCAUUAUUCUGUUUUUAUGUAUUGAUAAUAGGCCUACCUUAAUACAUUUUCUGGUAGAUUUGAUCUAAGACCCCGGCUCCAUCUGUUUGACCAGAAAUCAAAGCCUUCGCUUCUUCCAUUAUUUGCUGGUAAAUUAGCAAGCAAGCAAACUCCUCUGGGUUUAUUUAUUUUGUUUCCUGCUGAACUGCAGUGUUCUUGCGCUAGCUUCUGGAGGGGUUUGUUGACAAAAUUUUAAUUUUGACACGUGUCUGCUUGUGUGUCCAUCACGUGCUUGCCCCCAGGGACCACCCGGCCGUUAUCAAGAGGCGAUUCACCAGUGUCCUGAUCGUAUCUGCCGUGUCGCCUGUCUUCGUGUGGGCAUGGAAAAUGUACACUGGUGUGAUGGUGAGUCUCUACACAGCACUAUCUCAGCUAUAGGCUGACUGCUGCUAUAGGCUGACUGCUAUACUGCCCUACAAAGGCUAAGUGCAGUAACUACGAAUUUGGUAAAAAUCUUUGAUCUGUUGUAAUCAAGGGAGAACAACCCUUCUCACUGAAGCCACGGAAGUUCAGGGCCGACCGCGGUAAUGCAGGCAUUGUUUGCAGAAAACAGGAUCCCCCAUAAUAGUGAAUGGGAAAAUUGCAAUCUUUGUGUAAAUAUAUCAUUUUAAGACAAUGAUGGUACCAAUAAUUGUUUCUAAUACACCUGAUGUAUGUCCUUGAACCGACUAUUAAAAAAUCGCAGAGAAGAAGUUCUAAGGAUAAUUUAGUUGAGAGGGGGCAACACUGAGCUAGCCAGCACCAUCAUAUCCUGGGUCUUUUCUCAAUUGGUUGCUCAACUCCUGCGUCCUCUCUGGCCUCAUUUUGAAAAAGGUCAAAGGUAAUCAAGGAGAUGCGUCAAGGAGAGGGAAAGUGGACUAAAAUGCGGUUGUAGGAAAUGAGACCCCUUCUCCAAUCGCGGGUCAUCGGGCAAAUUACGUUUACAGGGUGGAAUCCCAAAAUAAAUGUAUAAAGUGAUGUUUUUUUUUGUUGCUAGUUGUGCAAUACAUUUUAUAGAUAGAAAGAUAAGGAUAAUAUAAUGUUUAAAUGUUAGAGAAAACAAUAGCUGAUUCAAAGGGGAUGUGGCAGAUUUCAAAACUCGUCCACAAAGGACUCUGGUAGGAUACACUUGAGCUUCCUCGCCAAAAGGAGACUGUUUGCCUACUAAUGUAUUGACACUCUCGUCGACCACUUAUCGGUUUCCGGGUCACGGAGGAGAGAGGAUGGACUUUUUCCCAAAUGAGAAAAGGCCCUGGAGUAGCUCAAACUGUACAUGUUAUGUCUCCAUGAGACGCCAUCUUAACUGACUUCAUUUGGCUUCAAUGCGCUAUUGAGUCUUUACAUAGGAAUGAAUGGUGUCAUGUGAUCGAUGGCUUUGUACUUUCAUAUAUACAGUAAUUGAUUGUAAUGGCCAGGUAUAUUAUCUGAUUAAUGUGGUAUUUAGUUUCCUGACACAAGAACAAGCCAGUCGAUCAGAAUAUAUCAUGAAGUACCAGAAAUUGCUGCCUGUAUACUAGGGCUGUGCAACCCCCCCCCCCCCCCGUGACUAGACUAGCAGCCAUUGUCUCUCACUCCUCCCAGCUGCAGCAACCACCACAGAACAUCAGUGUUUAUUGCGCUGUCCAUGUUGCUGAAGCUGCAACAUAAUUACAGCCAUUUCUGACUGAGAAGUUCUGUUACUGAAAUCCCUCAUUUGUUUAGGAAAAACAUUCCCUAUUCCCUCAACCCUUGCUCUCAUGUAUGCAUCAUAUGCACGUGACCAAAGACCUAUUCGCACGGGACUAGUAUUACCAGAGAGUCUGUUGUAACAUUUUUUUUGUCAAGCCUUUAUUACAGCAAAGACUAAAAACAGUCGCAUUCAUUCGUGAAUGCAAUUUCCGAAAUGGAACUGUUUAUUUAUUGUUUAAGCUAAUUAUUCAACGCUCGCUUUAUUUUAUUUUAAAACUAAAAUGCUUGAUUACAUUUCAAAUCAUGAAUGACGCGUAUGCUGUGUGAUGACAUGAACGAAUGAAUGAUUGAUUGAUAUACAGUAGCCUAUAGAAGUAUUGAAACAAAGGCCUAAGUAAGUUACGGUAUUAAGACUAAACAGGAUAUGCUUUUAGGCCUACAGCUCGACUGUGGUUAUACAAGGCUACUCUACUAAGCCUACUAAUGAUAAUGACAUUACUUAUUAUUAUAAUAGUAAUAACAAUAAGAAGGAGAUCAAGAACAAGGAGCGUUAUUAUUGUAAAUAUAAUUUCCCCGACAAUUUGGAACAGUGUACACACUAAAUAAAUUAUAAAUAGAACAGCCUCUCUGGUAUUAACGAAUAAAAGUGUAAAGCCUUUAUUACACCAAAGCAAAGAUUAAAAACAGACGAAUUUGUGAAAUUGUUUACUUGUCAUGUCGUUGCGUUAGGCUUGGUGCUCACGGAAUCAGUAGGCUAUUAAACAAAGACUCAAACAGGCAACAGAAGCAGGAUCUGUCUUAUUUCUGUAGAUGUAUUGAUGGUUUAUAAAGCCAGGCACAUUUAAUAGUUAGGUUAUUGAUUAUAGACCUAAUCAAGUUUGGGUUUCCUCUCUUCUCACUUAGACAAUUAGGCAUGGGCUGUUUUCUCAUCUCCUCAUUCUGCUGCUGCCUCCGCCGCAUUGUUCUCAACACCAAUAUGCUGGUUAACUUUGCUAUUAUGCACAUAGCAACAUGGUCUUGGAAAGGCGCCAAUUCAACAGCGCGCUGAUGUGUUUCAGAGCCGUAGGACAGCGACCUCUAUCCAACGAGGGAGAAAGAGCAUUUGUUAUAAAAUAAUAUUAGUUUUAUUAGUGUUGCACCAUUGUUCUUAUGUAAUAUAACAUUUAACAUUUUAGUCAUUUAGCAGACGCUCUUAUCCAGAGCGACUUACAGUUAGUGAGUGCAUACAUACAUUUUUUUAUUUUUCAUACCCCCCGUGGGAAUCGAACCCACAACACUGGCGUUGCAAAUGCCAUGCUCUACCAACUGAGCUACAUCCCUGCUGGCCAUUCCCUCCCCUACCUGUAUAUAACCAUAUUCAAUUUCAGUAGCACGUCUUAGACUGAUGGACUGUGCCUUCCCCACACCCUCCACAGUGGAUCAGUCCACUUAGCACGAAUCAGACAUGUCUUGUACACCAUGGUAUAUAUAAAUAUAUAUAUAUAUAUUAGUCUUAAUUUUUUUUGCAACUGCUCGACUAAAGAAAUCUUGGUCGACCAACAGCCUAUCGACCAGUCGACUAAAUGGGGUCAGCCCUACUGUAUACACAGAAAAGUAUUUUGAAGUCAGAUUUUACAGUUUUCUUUACGUGCAGUAGUUUUUUUUUUACAAGCCAGUCGGUCAGAAUGUAUGUAUGUAUGUAUGUCUUGAAGUACCAGAAAUUGCUGUCCGUAUAUAGACAGGACAAUACUUUGAAAUGAUAUUUUACUGCACUUUACCUUUGUAGGGCAGUAUAGAUGACAAAGCUAAUGGUUAGUAAUGACAGAUGAGCCUGUGUUGAUGGUUUCAAGUGCCUUGGAAGAGCAGUCUGCUGUAGUUUUGUAUGGGGGAAGAAUGGGUUAUAUUAGCUAAUUGCAUCACAUUUCCCCACUGUAUUAGAAAAGGUAGAGCAGCUUACUACAAUUGAACCAUACAGAACAGCUGCACAUUAUGCCCAGCUUUCCAAGAAACCUGUUGCCCUGGCCUACAAUGGACUUGAUACAUUGUAACAGCAAUCCCACAUCUGGGUGAAUUCCCCCCCCCCCAUACACUUUUUAUCUGAAAUCCUCAUCACCCACUGAUUCACUUGUCAUAUAGCAGAUUUAAAUGUUUUGAGCUAGUAGUAUGUCAAUAUUUACUUCAGAAAUGAUACUGAACAACAAUAUUAACGCAACAUGUAAAACAUUGGUCCCAUGUUUCAUGAGCUGAAAUAAAAGAUCCCAGAAAUGUUCCAUACGCACAAAGCUUAUUUUCGCUCAGAUUUUGUGCACAUUUUUUACAUCCCUGUUAGUGAGCAUUUCUCCUUUGCCAUGAUAAUCCAUCCACCUGACAGGUGUGGCAUAUCAAGAAGCUGAUUAAACAUAAUGAUCUUUACACAUGCUGGGGAAAAUAAAAGGCCACUCUAAAAUGUGCAGUUUUGUCACACAGCACAAUGCCACAGAUGUUUUGAGGGAGCGUGUAAUUGGCAUGCUCACUGCAGGAAUGUCCACCAGAACUGUUGCCAGAGAAUUUAAUGUUCAUUUCUCUACCAUAAGCUGCCUCCAAUGCCGUUUUUGAGGCCUGCGUACUCACCAGACAUGUUUGGGAUGCUCUGGAUCGACAUGUACGACAGCGUGUUCCAGUUCCCGCCAAUAUCCAGCAACAUCGCACAGCCAUUGAAGAGGAGUGGGAUCACAAGCCACAAGCAACAGCCUGAUCAACUCUAUGCGAAGGAGAUGUGUUGCGCUGCAUGAGGCAAAUGGUGGUCAAACCAGUUACUGACUGGUUUUCUGAUCCACGUCCCUACCUUUUUUAAAGGUAUCUGUGACCAACAGAUGUGUAUCUGUAUUCCCAGUCAUGUGAAAUCCAUAGAUUAGGGCCUAAUUUACCUAUAAGAACUGUAACUCACUUUUAUAUUUUUGUUCAGCGUAACUAUGCCAUACAUAGCCUAUUAAUAUAACACAGCUUUGGAUUUCACCCAGUCUCAAAAGUGAAUUGUUUUUGCACUGACUGUUUUACAGUAUUUUACUGUGAACCUGGCAAUCGAAAAGCCCCAAUCAACAAGAUGUGAGUUGUGUCCACUCCGGCAGCCUACCCAGCUCCGCUACUAAAAUACAGUUUUCUACAGCGCAUUUGGUAACAAUUACCAAGCAAAUUACAUUGGUUGUCCCUCAAUUAAUAAAGCCUAUGAUUUGCCGUGCAGAUGUAGCCUACAAAUAUUGGCGCGAGCAGCUGCGUCUCUCGCACUGUUGGCACACACAGUAUCUGCGCAUGUGCACAGGUUCAUUCACACUGUUCACAGCGUUUUAGCCAGGGCACCAAAACAGUGGCGUAGUUGAGCAUCGCGCUUCAGUGCUCUUAGUUGUUGCAUCUUUUUUUAUUAAUUUUUUUAUUUCACCUUUAUUUAACCAGGUAAACCAGUUGAGAACAAGUUCUCAUUUACAACUGCGACCUGGCCAAGAUAAAGCAAAGCAGUGCGAUAAAAACAACAACACAGAGUUACAUAUGGGGUAAAACAAAACAAAGUCAAAAAAAAUACAACAGAAAUACAUAUAUAUACAGUGUGUGCAAAUUUAGCAAGUUAUGGAGGUAAGGCAAUAAAAUAGGCUGUAGUGCAAAGUAAUUACAAUUAGUAUUAACACUGGAAUGAUAGAUGUGCAAGAGAUGAUGUGCAAAUAGAGAUACUGGGCAACAAAUGAGCAAAAUAAAUAACAAUAUAGGGAUGAGGUAGUUGGGCGGGCUAAUUUCAGAUUGGCUGUGUACAGGUGCAGUGAUCGGUAAGGUGCUCUGACAACUGAUGCUUAAAGUUAGUGAGGGAGAUAAGUGUCUCCAGCUUCAGAGAUUUUUGCAAUUUGUUCCAGUCAUUGGCAGCAGAGAACUGGAAGGAAUUGCGGCCAAAGGAGGUGUUGGCUUUGGGGAUGACCAGUGAGAUAUACCCGCUGGAGCGCAGACUACGGGUGGGUGUUGCUAUGGUGACCAAUGAGCUAAGAUAAGGCGGGGAUUUGCCUAGCAGUGAUUUAUAGAUGGCCUGGAGCCAGUGGGUUUGGCGACGAAUAUGUAGUGAGGACCAGCCAACAAGAGCGUACAGGUCAUAGUGGUGGGUAGUAUAUGGGGCUUUGGAGACAAAACGGAUGGCACUGUGAUAGACUACAUCCAAUUUGCUGAGUAGAGUGUUGGAGGCUAUUUUGUAAAUGACAUCGCCGAAGUCAAGGAUCGGUAGGAUAGUCAGUUUUACGAGGGCAUGUUUGGCAGCAUGAGUGAAGGAGGCUUUGUUGCGAAAUGGGAAACCGAUUCUAGAUUUAACUUUGGAUUGGAGAUUCUUAAUGUGAGUCUGGAAGGAGAGUUUACAGUCUAACCAGACACCUAGAUAUUUGUAGUUGUCCACAUACUCUAGGUCAGACCCGUCGAGUGUAGUGAUUCUAGUCGGGUGGGCGGGUGCAAGCAGCGUUCGGUUGAAGAGCAUGCAUUUAGUUUUACUAGUGUUUAAGAGCAGUUGGAGGCUACUGAAGGAGUGUUGUAUGGAAUUGAAGUUUGGAGGUUUGUUAACACAGUGUCCAAUGAAGGGCCAGAUGUAUACAAAAUGGUGUCGUCUGCGUAGAGGUGGAUCUGAGAGUCACCAGCAGCAAGAGCGACGUCAUUGAUAUACACAGAGAAAAGAGUCGGCCCAAGAAUUGAACCCUGUGGCACCCCCAUAGAGACUGCCAUAGGUCCAGACAACAGGCCCUCCGAUUUGACACAUUGAACUCUAUCUGAGAAGUAGUUGGUGAACCAGGCGAGGCAGUCAUUUGAGAAACCAAGGCUAUUUAGUCUGCCAAUAAGAAUGCGGUUGUUGACAGAGUCGAAAGCCUUGGCCAGGUCAAUGAAAACGGCUGCACAGUACUGUCUAUUAUCGAUCGUGGUUAUAAUAUCGUUUAGGACCUUGAGCGUGGCUGAAGUGCACCCAUGACCAGCUCGGAAACCGUAUUGCAUAGCGGAGAAGGUACGGUGGGAUUCGAAAUGGUUGGUGAUCUGUUUGUUGACUUGGCUUUCAAAAACUUAGCCAGGUGGAAAGCAUGGCCAGCCGUAGCAAAAUGAUUGUUGAAAUUCUCGAUUAUUGUAGAUUUAUCGGUGGUGAUAGUGUUUCCUAGCCUCAGUGCAGUGGGCAGCUGGGAGGAAGUGCUCUUAUUUUCCAUGGACUUUACAGUGUCCCAAAACUUUUUGGAGUUAGUGCUACAGGAUGCAAAUUUCUGUUUGAAAAAGUUAGCCUUUGCUUUCCUAACUGCUUGUGUAUAUUGGUUCCUAACUUCCCUGAAAAGUUGCAUAUCGCGGGGGCUAUUUGAUGCUAAUGCAGUACGCCACAGGAUGUUUUUGUGCUGGUCAAGGGCAGUCAAGUCUGAGGAGAACCAGGGGCUAUAUCUGUUCUUAGUUCUGUAUUUUUUGAAUGGGGCGUGUCUAUUUAAGAUUGAGAGGAAAUUACUUUUAAAGAACAACCAGGCAUCCUCUACUGAUGGAAUGAGAUCUAUAUCCAUCCAGGAUACCUGGACCAGGUCAAUUAGGAAGGCCUGCUCGCUGAAGUGUUUUUGGGAGCGUUUGACAGUGAUGAGGGGUGGUCGUUUGACCGCGGACCCGUUACGGACGCAGGCAAUAAGGCAGUGAUCGCUGAGAUCCUGGUUGAAGACAGCGGAGGUGUAUUUAGAGGGUAAGUUAGUCAGGAUGAUAUCUAUGAGGGUACCCAUGUUUACGGAUUUAGGGUUGUACCUGGUAGGUUCGUUGAUAAUUUGUGUGAGAUUAAGGGCAUCUAGUUUAGAUUGUAGGAUGGACGGAUCUACUUCAUAUUGCUGAGUCUUCCUUUAAAUUACACAACUUUCCCGAGGCCUUUAUAGUCUAUCGUCUAGUUAGGCUAUAACACAGAAAAUUAUAUAUUUUGUGAAAACUGCACUGUGCUUUUAAUGUUGCGGGGGAAGAAAAACAUCAAAACAUAUUUCGGUUAGGGAUUUUUCUUAACGUUAAGGAUCCCAAUUUUGUUUAAAAGUUUUAACGUUUAAAUGUUCACACGCCUAAUACACAUGAAAACAUUUCCAUGAAUUCCAUCAAUAUGUCUCCUCAUGUUCUUCCACAGCCUGGUCCCUCGUUGCUGGCUCUGAUGGGCAUUCGCUUCGAGGGCCUCAUCCCAGCCAUCAUACUGCCUCUGCUGCUCACCAUGGUAAUAGAAACAAGAGACUCUCUUUGAACGAUCUCUGCAUAUGGUCUGACCUGUAGUUGACCUCUGACCUUUGCUCUGGUAGGUGCUGUUCCUUGGCCCCCUUAUCCAGCUGGCUAUGGACUGCCCCUGGGGCUUCAUGGAUGGGAUACGAGUGACCUUCGGUGAGAUACUGUCUGGAGAUUAUUUUUCACCCAAUAUGUCUAUUACUGUGUUAUCCUGGAGUGGAGAUUAUUCACCUCUGCUAUGGCCUAAAUCUUAACCUAAGAUUUGCACGCUUAAUUUGAGUUUCGUUGAAACCUCCCAUUGACACCAAUGCAUGAUUUAUGAGUUAAGUGUGCCAAUCUCAAGGUAGGAUUCAGCCCUAAGUGCUUCCAUUUUUCCUAGAUGUGUACAGUAUCUCUCUCACACACAACAUUAUCGCAUACAGCAUCUCUCUAAAGCUUUCUCUCUGUUCCACAGACCCGUGGUUCUGGGCUCUGUGCCUCAGUGACAUGCGUUGGCUGAGGAACCAAGUGGUGGCCCCUCUGACCGAAGAGCUGGUGUUCAGGGCCUGUAUGCUGCCAAUGCUGGUACCCUGCACCAGUCCUUCCACUGCCAUCUUCACCUGCCCCCUCUUCUUCGGAGUGGGUGAGUCCCACCAAUUUACAGCACAGGCGGAUCUUGUAGAUCUUGCCUCAAUCACAGCUGAAAAAAAAAAAGCAAUUAAAUUAGAACAACCCUUACAAUGUGUGUGUCUGAUAUGUCCGUUUUAUGUCGGUGCAUGUACUAAAGAUGUUGGCUGACAUUUUCGUCACACAAAAGAGCACAGAUCUGAGUAAAGAAAACAACCUAAAACUCCUUAUCUGGAGCACAAUUUUAAAUUGGAACUUUUCUUCAAAGAUGAGCGUUAAAAGGGGAAUAUUGUUUAACCAGUGUUUUGUAAACCGGUUGAUGCAAUUGAUGCGAUCAAUCGCGAGUUGCAGCAUUCUGAACUCUCAUAGGAUAAUGUGCCCUUCCCAUCUAUUUGAAAUAUAAUGGUUAUUUUGCUUGUGCAAAAUGUCAACCGUUAUCUUCACAGCCCACUUUCAUCAUGUGAUCGAGCUGCUGCGUUUCAGACAGGGCACCGUGUCUGGGAUCUUUCUCGCUGCAGGUAAAGACCAUACGAUAUUCAUUGUUUUUCUACCUUCACCUCCAUGUUAGUUUGUUAUACCUUUCUUUUCCAUAUACCAUUAGAUUGUAUAUGAUUGGUUAGUUAAUGACUGGGUGUACUGUUUGCUUUGCAGUGUUCCAGUUCUCCUACACCGCUGUCUUUGGAGCUUACACUGCCUUCAUAUUUAUCAGAACCGGUGAGCCUACAGUUUCUCUCUUUCUGGUGUACAACACACGCCUAAUAUGUGAUUCAUUUCAUUUAAGAUUGCAUUUAUGUAGAGCUUUCUUUAUGUCUCAAGGCACUUCACAUUGUAUGGGGCUAACUCACCCCGUCCACCACUACUGUGUACUGUAGUACCAACCUGUAUGCAUUAUAUGCAGUCUUGUCACCCCCUUCCCCUCUGGUCCUCAGGUCACCUGGUGGGGCCGGUGCUGUGCCACUCGUUCUGUAACCACAUGGGCUUCCCUGCCCUUGGCAUGGCCCUGGAGCACCCCCACCGCUUUACCGUCCUCUCCUGCUACCUGCUGGGGGUCCUCCUCUUCCUCCUUCUCCUCUUCCCCCUCACAGACCCCAUCUUCUACAGCCUGCCCACCCCCGUCUGCACCCUGGCCUCCGUGCCCAGCUCUCUCUGCAUCUCCUGA